AUGAUUCAUUGGAAGUAUUUUUUCCUGCAAAUGAUCAACCUCAGAUAAUCACGGCUGAUACUGGAAAUCCUAAUUGUGAAUUCGAUACUACUAGUGUUUCUUUAUGUAUUCCUCAUAGUAUGUUUCCCAUAUUUGUGACUCGAAUUCUAAAGGAUGUUG